CGGUCCCGACUGGAGUCAGUGCGCGCAAAGGGACCCGAAAAGUUCACAACAAGGUUCACUGUAGAUCCUUUCACGAAAAUACUGAAUUAUCCAACGCUUUUUUGUGAACAAGAUUAAAACUUUUGACUUCACUUUGGACCGGUUCUGCGUUCUAACUGCAGCUGCAGAUCUAAAUGCAAACAGAUCCUGCAAAUGUCGCCACUCUACUGCGAUGUUUACCUGGUAAUUAAGAAAGGUCUGUUAAGUGAUGGAUGCAGUGACACUUCCAGGUUGAGCAGUUCCUGUACACCAGUGCAGUGACGCCCUCUGCUGUGUGGCCGUAGAAGGUUCAGGACUGGAAAAGCCAGGAUGGGGAAUCUCAUCAAGGAAGGGAUGAACACCAUCAUUGUCAACCACUACAACUACUCGGGGAAGUGGGACCGGCCUCGCAGUGGGGGCACCUGCAAGAUGGCAGUGCUGCUCUUCAUCUGUGUACUCAUCGUUCUGGAGAACAUCACAGUUCUGCUCGCUCUCUGGAGAAACAAGCGCUUUCACAGCCGUAUGUACUUGCUCAUUGGGAACUUGGCGCUGUCUGAUCUCCUGGCUGGUGUGGCCUAUGUGGUAAAUAUCUUUACCUCGGGGAGUAAGACCUUCUACUUGACACCGUCACAGUGGCUGGCCAGAGAGGGAAGCAUGUUUGUGGCCCUCAGCGCCUCCACCUUUAGCCUCCUGACCAUUGGCAUUGAGAGGCACAUGACGAUGGUGCGUCUGCGGCCCUGUGAGACAGCAGGUCGAGGGAGACUCCUGGCACUGCUGGCAGCCUGCUGGGUUGUUUCAGUGCUGCUCAGUGCCCUCCCCAGUCUUGGUUGGAACUGCCUGAAAAAUCUGGCUUCCUGUUCCACAGUGCUGCCUUUGUAUGCUAAGAGUUACAUUGCCUUCUGUAUUAGUGUCUUCAGCGCACUGCUGGUUGCCAUUAUCAUCCUCUACAUCAGGAUUUACUGGCUGGUGACCUCCAGCGGCCGCAGGGUGAGCAGCCGGCCGUCAGAGUGCUCUCUGGCCCUGCUGCGGACGGUUGUGAUUGUUCUCGGAGUGUUUGUCAUGUGCUGGGCCCCACUGUUCUUUCUGCUCCUGCUCGAUGUUGGCUGCAGCCCACACAGGUGCUCGGUCCUCUACCAGGUGGACUGGUUCAUCGCCCUGGCCGUGCUCAACUCUGCCCUUAACCCUCUGAUAUACACUCUUUCCAGCAGGGAGAUGAGAAGUGCUUUCUUUCGGUUGCUGUGCUGCUCUCAAACUAGCAUGGAGCCAUCUGGGACACCUGCUGCGGGUAACCCCCACCUGGGCACGAUUAUCCCCACAGUGGAAAACAGCAAGACCAGUGUUGGUGGAGGCAGUGGGACUGGCAAACCAGUGAUAAACAGAGGGAAGAUUUCCACACCUGCUAACUCAGACAAUAAGCAUUCAGAUCCCUCUCCCACUGUGGUGCCACAUCCAACUGGGCCGGCAGAACUGCUUUCAGCAGUGCUUGUAAAAGCAGGGGCUCUCCCAUCCCUCAGCAAGUUCUGAGUGGAAGCACCUAAAAAAUAGACUUGCAUCAGACAUUGCCUCGCUAUCAGCCACUUUUUGCUUGUGCACUAUGGCUCAUUUAGCUCAAAUACUCAGUUUAAACAGAAGAAAUCACAGUACAAUCAAAAUCUACUUGAGGUCACUACUAACAUCUGUGGUUAUGAUUAUCAAAAACAGAGAAUAAAAUUUACAUUUGAUUUUUAACAGUUCUUAAAGUAAAGUUACAUUCCACAAACAUGAUAUAAAACAGGACAGUGUGCCGUCAUUUUAUCUCUUCGCCUACGCCUAUUGAACAGACUUCAGUUUCUAAUCACCUUCAAUAAUGUGUCUGUCAGUAUAUUUAUUUGUUUAUUGUUUCAUCAUAGGAUAGCAGUAUUCAAAUUGUGGCAUUCUCACAUAUGUUGUUUUAGGAAUUUUUAGAACACCUGAAUUUUUUAUCACUUGUAAAUUCUUUACUAUUUAUUUUCGUAAAAAAAACAUCCAAACAUUCGUUCUCUAAAUUGUUAUAUGAGUUUUAUUUUUAAUUUAAAUUUUUUUGUUGCUUUGUAUGCUUAACGCUAUUAGGUGUCAGCUUCUUGGAAUUUGGAGGUUAUUUUCCUGGAACGUUUAUAGAACAGACUGGUUGCUUUGCCUAAACUUAGAGGUUACAUUCUGGAGAUCACCAGCUACUCUUCUAGAACUUGCUGGUUACCUCAUUCAGGUGCUUUUGCUAGGUUUCUGAUUUUUUUCUCUGAAACCUACUUGGUUACCUGGUUACUAGGUACCAUCCAGGAAAGUACCCAGUAAGCUCUCAAAAGUACCUUCUGAAUAGCAGAAAAGGUCCAGAAAUGUUCUGGAAAGUAAACUCUAAGUUUCAGGUAAGUACUUUCUAGGUUCCUGGAAAGUAACCAGUAAGCCCCAUGAAGAUUCCCUGGAAGUGCCUGGUAUGCUCCAGGUACAUCUUGGAAAGUAAAUGUUAAGGUUCAUGGAAUGUAUGUAUUAUGUGAUGUUAUCAACCAUUAUGGUACUUGGACUUUAUUUUUGACUUUUAUUUUAGCAAUUAUUGUGCACUGUGGGAGAGAAAAGUAUAUUGCUGGACUAAUGGCCUCAUGAGGCUGUGAUGAAACAAGACAAUUUCCUGUUUGGAUAAAAAUGCCCCUGCAAUUAAGUUUACUCCUGAUAAAUACUCAAGAGGGGGAACUUGAGGACAUUUAAUACUUACUUUGUCACCAGACAUGGGUCAUCAUCCAGCAGUCUGUGAGCAAGAUUCGCAUAACUAAGCACAGUCAUAAAGAUACUUGCUUCUCACCAGCACAUGCAGUAACCACUCAUAUAUGUCAUCUGACCACUUGUGAAUAAGAAUGUUGGAUUUGUAUUAUUUAAUGAUUGUAGACUGUAUAUAGGUGAUGUUGUGUCUGAUCCAGCUGUAGAAAAAAUACAAUUCUAUUAUCGUUUGUUAAGUUUUCAAACAGUUGAUUUCUUUAUGAUUACCACUCUUAAGAUGUCUGUGCUCAUCUUCUGCAUUAUUUUCCAAUGAUUUGAAUGUGAUUUUUUCUGUCAUGUCCCUCCACAUCAAUGGUUCAGUUCUGGUGAGAAGUCAUAUAAAUUUUAGGCUUUGGCAGAUGAAUUUCAGCCCUUCUUUUUUAAACUAAUUUUAAAUCCAUGAAUGGGGAAGACAAGUCUGAAACUAUUAUAUAUUAUUAUAUAUUAUAUUUGACCACUUUUCACUUGGUGGUUUCCUAACUCGGACUUGGUUUUGAACAUAAUGAAGUCCACAAUUUUUCAAUAGGGAGGAGGUCGGGGUUUUGGGAAGGUCACCCAACUGUGUCCUCUCUUUGUCUGUCAAAAGGUGAAUUUGGAGCUAACCUACUUUCUUUGUUAUUUCACCUUCUGCAAUGCACCAGCUGGCAGUGAAACAUCUGCACCACCAUGAUGCCUCCACCACCACACUUGACAGUUGGUACACGGUUUUUAGGUAUUAAACCCUCACCAUAACUUCUUCAAACUUACGUCUUGUUAUUGUGGCCUCAGUCGUCUUUGCCCAUAAAACCUUUCUCUAGCAAGCAUUUCGCUUGUUCAUUUUGGUAACUGCAAAGCUCAUUUGAGAUUAAUGGUGUUUGUAGCUAGGGCUUCUUUACACCCUUUCAGUUUACAGUGGUGUGAAAUGCACUUAACUGUAGACAGUGACACUGCUGUUCAUGAGGUUUUCAUGCAUGGCCAGCUCUGGCCUCGGUGGUUCCUGGGAUGUUCCUGAAUGACCCAAAUUCCUUUUCAUCUAAACAGUACAGUUUUGAGUCUGAUGGUGUUUCAACUGGACAAUGGUGGCAAAUGCACAUUUAAACUGGUUUUGAAAUAUAUAAAUUAGACAGACAUUUAGUAUCUUGAAUGGUCCAGAUUUAAACCCUAAUAAAAAGUAGUGGAUUAUGUGUAAAAGUCGAGUCCAUGCCGAUAAACAACCAAUUUGAAUGAACUAUACCAGUUCUGCCAAUGAGAGUGAAGCUUGUUGAUAGCUUUAAAAAGCUUGCGGUGUGCAACUUGCUAAGACAAUAUUGGUAUGUAUGUAUUUGAGCCAUAACCUGUUUUGAUCAUUUUCACCUUGGUGUAGAUAAGAGAAAAUCCAAAAUAAAUUCCAACUUGCACACCCAA